GCAAGUGGAUGACGUGAAGCAAGUUGGUUCCCAUAAGAAAGGCACGAUGAUGGCCAGUAACGUUGUGGCAGACCUAGUAGUUGUUCUUCGUACCCUUCCGACAGUUGAGGCUGUGGAAGCACUUGGUCAGAAGAUCACUGAAGGAGUGAAGGCUCUAGACCCAAACGAGGUGAUGACAAUGUUACCAACAGAGGCUGGUUGUGAGAUAAGCUCAUCGGACGCCAGUGUUAAGAUUAUAGUCACUACCAUUCCAUCAAACCUGAAGAAGCUGGAUCCCGACAUGCAUCUACCGCAAAAAAUGAUGCAAGCAUCAUUAGCAGCUAUAAGGCAUGCAAGAUGGUCCGAGGAAAAUGCAAGCCAUUCCAGGUAAGGCCACUGUUGUUAAA